AUGGUGAUAGCAUCCACUCUAGGAACAAUCUAUUACAACUGCAUUAUUGCCUAUAGCAUCUACUACCUGUUUGCAUCCUUCCAGUCUCCUUUGCCAUGGAGUGACUGUUAUGAGUGGUCUGAUGAGAACUGCAGCAAGAUUCCUAAAGAUUUGUGUAACAUAACAUCAGAAGAUGGAAAGUUUGUUACUGUUAACACAGCUUGGUUGAAUGACAACAACAAAAUCUGUCCCAAACCAAACAUCAUUCCUGUGCCUGUACAAAGCCCCAGCGAACAGUAUUGGGACAAAGUAGCUCUACGCCGGUCAAGUGGAUUGGAUGAAACAGGAGAAGUUGUCUGGCAUUUGGCCCUCUGCCUCCUCCUGUCCUGGAUAUUGGUCGGAGCUGCCUUGUAUAAAGGCAUUAAGUCAUCAGGGAAAGUGGUGUAUUUCACUGCCACCUUCCCCUACUUGGUGCUCCUGAUUCUUCUGGUGCGAGGGGCCACUCUGGAAGGAGCUCGAGAAGGGAUUGAAUAUUACAUCGGCACUCAGUCAAAUUUUUCUAAAUUGGCAGAAGCUGAGGUCUGGAAGGAUGCGGCAGCACAGAUUUUCUUUUCUCUUUCAACCACUUCAGGAGGCCUGAUCGCCUUGUCUUCAUACAACAAGUUUCACAACAACUGUUAUACAGAUUCCAUUAUAGUUUGUCUAACCAACUGCGGAACCAGUGUGUUUGCUGGCUUUGCAAUCUUCUCUAUCCUCGGACAUAUUUCUCAUGUGACUGGAAAACCCGUAUCAGAGGUCGCCCAGUCUGGUUUUGGCUUGGCCUUCAUUGCCUACCCUGAAGCACUUUCAAAUCUGCCAGUGUCACCUCUGUGGUCUGUGUUGUUUUUCUUUAUGCUUUUGACGUUGGGCCUUGACUCUGUGUUUGCAACUGUAGAAACCAUUACAACCACUCUUCAGGAUGAACUUCCUAAGUACUUCAAGUCUAAAAGGAUUCAUAUGACAGCUGCUGCCUGUAUUUUAUUUUUCUUGCUUGGUCUACCUUGUAUUACAAGGGCUGGCAUAUACUGGGUGAAAUUAAUUGACCACUUCUGUGCUGGAUGGAUGAUUCUUUUUGCUGCAGUGCUGGAAAUCAUUGGAAUAUGUUACAUCUAUGGGGGCAACCGAUUUAUUGAAGACAUUGAAAUGAUGAUUGGGAAAAAGAACUGGUGGUUCUGGUUGUGGUGGAGAGCUUGCUGGUUCUUCAUUUCUCCCUGUAUACUCAUAGCAAUCUUGUUCUGGUCCUUGGCAACCUUCACUUCCCCAUCCUAUGGUUCAGUGGUUUACCCAAACUGGGCGACCUCCAUCGGAUGGUGUAUGACUGCUGUCUGCCUUAUUUGGAUUCCAGUUGUAGCAGCUUUGAAAGCAAUAGAAGCUAAUGGGAGCAUUUGGCAGCGCAUCAGAACUGCCUGCACUCCAACAGCAGACUGGGGUCCUUACCUAGAAUGCCACAGAGGUGACCGAUACAAACAUCAGCAGAGUCCCUGGGAUCAGAAAUCAUGUAAAUUCAGAGAAACUGAAGUAUCUGUCAUUAAUGACCAUAAUAUUUGGGUAUGAGCCACACUACCCAGGAAACCCAUCAGAAACAUGUGCCAAGUUUAGAAAUCUAGAUUUAUGGUUUGCCAGGUAUUUAAUCUACUACUUUAGAUUGUCCCAGAGUGUGACUGUCUUUCCUUAUAAAAAAGGAAGAUGGGCAUCCAACUCCAAUAAUUAAUCUGCCCUGACAAAGAAUGACUCUAGUGUCUCUGAGCCCUAUUUUCAGUACAGAAUAUGAGUUGAAGGGAUAGAUUCAAUGUGCAACUCAACAUUAUCCUGGCAUGACAAAGGCCCAACAGUAAAUUCCUAAAAAUAUUGAAAACACCAGUUUCACAGGAUUUGCAAGACAUGCCUCCUAAUAUUCACUCGCAGCAGAUUUCACAACUUAUAACUUUUUACUAAAUCUCCUUUAAGAUGUUUAUUUCAUUUAAGCCAGUUAAACUAAAUUUACUGACUGUACCUGUGGUAGUCUGACAGGUGGCUGAAUGUCUCUGAAUAAAUUGUGGAUUUGAAUGGACAUGAGCGCAUUUUACAUUUUUAAUUUACUUUUACCAUUUUAAAGUGUUUUUUGUACUUUACUUUAACUUUGACAAGUAUUUAAAACUCUGAUCAGCUUUAAAAUGAAUGAACAUGCUAGUGUUUUAAAUCUCUUCUCAAUGGUACUCUGUAGAGAUGAAAUUACAUUAAUACUAGCAUUAUUGUUAUGGGUUUUAAAGUAAAAAUAAAUCUUUAUUAACACUGAAA